AUAGAUCACACCACUCAACAUAAAAUUCACCAAACAAUAUGAUCCUAUGUUAUGUUACCUUUGUGAUAAGGGGACAUACCCGUUUUCGAUACACCCUAAAUAUUCUGCAAAUUAUACUCAGAAACGUUCUUUUCGAUACAUCUAAACAUUCUGCAUAUUAUAUAUACACAGUAAAAUGUACAAUGUAAAAGUCAACACUACAAUUCUGCUAAAGAAGAUAGUAUCAGUUAUCUUCAAAUUUUCUCCACUCAACUCCUUCAGUAGCCGUUGAUUCAUUCUGUUUUCAGGUGUGACGGUGAAUCAACCGCGAGCCAACUCUUGACUGCUGGAGGUAAGUACUAAUCUAGCAGCUUGUAAAAUAUAGUGACACCGAGACAAGCAAUUCAUAGAGGAAUGGCGGAAGAGACAGCUUACAAAGCUCACGUUAUGGUACUCCCCUUCUAUGGACAAGGCCACCUCAAUCCGAUGCUCCAGUUUUCCAAACGUUUGGCCUCGAAAGGACUUAAAGUCACUGUAACUACCAUUCAUUCAGUCACCAAGACCAUGCCAAGUGGAGCUGGGUCAAUUGCCUUUGAAUCAGUAUAUGAUGACUCCACUGACGGUGGGUUUCAUGGACCUGGAGGAUUUAAGGGCUAUCUCGAAAGGUUUGAAGCGAGUGUCACACUAUGCUUAACUGAGCUCAUCAAGAAACUACAAAACUCAGAGUACCCUGUUAAGUGUCUGGUGUAUGAUGGUAAUUUGCCAUGGGCUCUCAACAUAGCCAAGCAAUUGGGCAUAGCUGGAGCCACAUUUUUUACUCAGUCAUGUGCUGCCAUUGCGGGUUACUACCCAAUGCAUCUCGACUCAUUAGGAGAGCCAAUGCCAGUGGUUGCUUCUUCAAUGCUUGCAGUGCCAGAGCUCAAGAUUCCAGUGGUGCCAACUUUCGAGUCUGACACAGGUCGUUAUCCCCCUAUAAUCAGACACAUAUUGCAGCAAUUCAGCAAUAUUGAGAAAGCAGAUUGGGUUCUUUUUAACUCCUUUGAUAAGUUGGAAGAAGAUGUAAUGAAGUGGAUGUCAGAUCUCUGGCCUGUUAGGGCAAUUGGACCAACUGUGCCAUCAAUUUACCUUGACAAGAGAGUGGACAAUGACUCUGAUUAUGGCUUCCAUCUGUUUAAACCACAGAAUGAAGGUUGCUUGAAGUGGCUAAACACUAAAGAUACCAGGUCUGUUGUGUAUGUCUCGUAUGGAAGCGUUGCAAGUUUGAAUGCAGAACAGAUGGCUGAAAUGGCCGAGGCCCUAAAGCAAAGCAACAGCAACUUCUUGUGGGUGGUGAGGGCAACCGAAGAGAGCAAGCUUCCCAGUGGUUUCGUGGAGGAGACAUCAGAAAGGGGAUUAAUAGUGACAUGGUGCCCCCAGUUGGAAGUGUUAGCCCACCAUGCUGUGGGAUGCUUCAUAACACACUGUGGAUGGAAUUCCACGGUGGAGGCCGUAAGCUUUGGAGUACCAGUGGUGGCAAUGCCGCAGUUUCUGGACCAGACAACUAACGCACAUUUUCUGGAGCAAGUUUGGGGAGUGGGAGUUGUAGCGAAGGUGGAUGAGAAAGGUAUUGCUACUAAGGAAGAAAUUGAAAGAUGCAUUGGAAAAGUUAUGAAAGGAAAGAGAGGACGAGAGAUUAAGAAGGCGGCUAUGCAGUGGAAGGAGUUGGCCAAGGAGGCAGUGGAUGAAGGCGGAAGUUCAGAUAAGUAUAUUGAUGAAAUUAUUACUUGCCUUGCAGCUGCUUAAUUUUGAUUUUCGAGACAAGUUUCUACCUUUUUCUCCACGAGGAUGUCUUCUCUGGUGUACUUGUAAUUUGGAUAUGGACCUUGCUCAUAUAAAGCCUAAUAAGGUCUUGUUUGCAGUAAUAAAAAUCUCUUUUUGAGAUUCUUCAAUAAUAUAAGCUUCGAAAUUGAGGUAUUAUUGUUCACAGAUGCACCUGAUGCAUGCGACUUCUUGUUCACAGGGGUACAAUGUUUGUAAUUUGUUCUUGUUCAUUGGUGUAAAUCUGGCCAACUAUUCACACACUCAAUAAUUAACUAAGUCAGCUACCCAGCUACUCAGUCCUCAA